AUGAUAAAAAUAACUGUAAUCUUUCUUGCUUUUCUUGUUCAUAUCGAAGCAGAUUCUGUUUCGACAUUAAACAUAGAAUUAAGCCGUUUAGAAGAAAAUCUUGUUUAUUCACAUUUAAAAAAUCAAACCAAUUUAAAAUUAUUUUAUAAUGAAUUAAUUGAAUCAAAUGGUGUUGAUGAUCUAGCAUAUAUUCGUCAUACGAUUACCAAUAAAGAUAUUGAACAAGGUACUAUUAAAAAUAAGUGUUUUCAAUCAACAGAUGAUUUACUUAAUGCAUUAAAUAUUACAAGAAUAGAUGAAAGUACUAAUCUAACUCGUACAGAUAUCAAACAAGUAACUCCAACUUUAGUUAAUGUUAAAUUUAAUGAAGGAUGUCUAAAAUUACAAGGUACUACAAAAUGGAAAAAUAUAUUAGUUGGUUUAAUCUCAGUAAGUAUUAUUAAUUUGUCGGCACUUUUUAGUGCGAUUAUUUUACCAUUUCGAAACAAACCUGCAUUUAAAUGGAUUCUUACUACUUUUAUUGGUUUAGCUGUUGGUACACUUCUUGGUACUGGUAUAUUUCAUCUUAUUCCAAUGGCAUUUAGUAUUGAAGAUUAUGAUAAAGAUUUAACGUUUCUCACCAAAGCUCUUGUAACAACAAUUGUUAUUUAUUUAUUUUAUAUGCGUGAUCAAAUAUUUGAAACUUUUCUUCAUGUUGAAACGGUUAUCGAUACUCAUAGCCAUGGUGACGAAGAUAUAUCGCCAAUUCUUCGACAGAAAAAUACAAAAAGUUUAAGAGAAAAUUUGAAAACAAUGAAACCAAUUGGAUGGAUGAUUCUUAUCAGUGAUUCACUUCAUGGUUUUAUUGAUGGUCUUACCAUAGGUGCAAUUGCUGUCAUUUCAAUAAGUGAAUGUCUUCGUAUGAUGGUACCCAUUGUUUGUGAAGAAUUUUCUCAUAAACUCGGUGAUGCUGCUGUUUUAUUAAGUAGUGGUCUUCCAAUAAAGCAAGCUCUUCUAAUGAAUUUUUUGUCUGCUUGUGGUUGUUAUCCCGGUUUUAUAAUUGGAGCAAAAUUAGGUGAACUUGAAAAUUUUCAUCCAUGGAUUUGUGCAUUAGCUGGUGGAAUGUUUGUCUAUAUUGGUCUAACUGACAUGAUUCCUGAACUUAUUUCUAUGGGUCAUGAAAUUGAAAAAGAUAAUGCUAUUGCUAAUAGACCAGUCACAAACAUGUUGAAACUUAAAAUUCUAUUUAGUCAAAAUAUGGGUGUAGUUCUUGGUAUUGCAAUUAUGUUUCUAUUGGCCAAAUAUGGUGAAACAUUAUCUCAGUAUUUUUAA